GAUGAUGAUGAGUCGGAUGAUGAUGAUGAUGAUGAUGAUGAUGAUGAUGAUGAUGAUGAUGACUCGGAUGACUCGGAUGAUGAUGAUGAUAAUGACUCGGAUGGUGAUGAUGAUGAUGCUGAUAUUGAUGAUGAUGACGCGGAUGAGGAUAGUGAUGAUGAUGACCCGGAUGAUGAUGAUGAUGAUGAUGAUGAAGAUUAAUGUGAUGCUGUUUUUAUACUCCUCAUGGAUAUGUGUGGUCAUAUGGUUUUGA